AUGGCUGUCGAGGCUGUCUCACAGCACUCGCCCGAGGUCAGCUCGGGCGCAUCCUCCGAAAAUGUCAGCACCAACGGCCACAUCAAACCAUCCUCAACCCACGACUCCCACGAUAUGAUCCCCAACGGCGAAUCACGACCAGUACGACCAGCGCCCAUGCAAAAGAAGUCCACGCUCUCGAGAUUAAGCAGGAUGUUCUCACAGAAGGAUGCCAACGCCGAGACUCGAGAUCUGCCUAAGCAGGUGAACGUGCCAGAGACUGCAGUCGAAGAGGCGGAGGAUGUGGACACAGGUGAAAAACGACCCGCGGUACCUUCGAGACAAUCGUCAAAAGCAGGUCUACCUCCCGGCGCAGUGACCCGGACCGGCUCCGACUCGAAGAAGGAGAAGGAGAAGGAGAAGAGCCAUGACCAGGCAGCUCCGGGACCAAAGCGAUUUUGGGUUGACGACGACGGCGACCAUCACCACACUCUGAAAAGCGCGAAGAGACAGGAGAAGCUUACGGACAUGGUGCGAGACUUCUUGGGCGGCAAGAAGAAGGAACACCACGACGAUCCUCAGCAACUCUCAUUGAUGUCGUCGUGGGUGGAUCAGAUUAAGAAUGAACGGAAUAAGUACGCGGGUGAGAAGACAGGAGGCCCAAAUGCAUCCGCUUCGUUAGUGCAGAAGUAUGGUAAAUGCCAGGAAAUUGUUGGACGGGGCGCAUUUGGUAUCGUGCGGAUAGCACACAAGGCCGACCCAAAGGAUGCGAAACACGAGCAAUUAUACGCUGUCAAGGAGUUCCGGAGAAGACCUCAAGAAGACGCCAAGAAGUACAGCAAGCGACUGAACUCGGAAUUCUGCAUCUCUUCGUCAUUACGGCAUCCGAAUGUUAUUCACACUCUGGACUUGCUAGAAGAUGCCAAAGGCGACUACUGCGAAGUGAUGGAGUUCUGUGGUGGUGGCGAUCUGUACUCUCUCGUUCUCGCUGCCGGCAAGCUCGAAGUGGUUGAAGCCGACUGCUACUUUCUUCAACUCAUGCGUGGCGUGGAGUACAUUCACGAAAUGGGGGUGGCGCAUCGCGAUCUCAAACCCGAGAACCUCCUUCUCACCACCCACGGCGCUCUCAAGUUGGCCGACUUUGGCAACGGCGAGUGCUUCCGCAUGGCGUGGGAGACGGAGCCGCACAUGACGCAGGGUCUUUGUGGUAGCGCACCAUACAUUGCGCCUGAGGAGUACACCGACAAGGAGUUUGACCCACGGGCAGUGGACGUGUGGGCGUGUGGCGUGAUAUACAUGGCUAUGCGAACUGGCAGGCAUUUGUGGCGUGUGGCGAAGAAGGAUGAGGACGAAUUCUACGAAAACUACAUUCGUGGACGGAAAAGUGAAGAGGGCUAUGCGCCGAUUGAGACGUUGCAUAGGGCACGUUGCAGAAACGUCAUAUACAGCAUACUCGAUCCAAAUGCCGGCCGACGCAUAAGUGCCCACCAAGUCCUAAAUUCAGAAUGGGGCAAGGGCAUCAAAACCUGCAAGGCUGGCGAAGAGGGUCUGUAA